GGCCCGGCCUUCCCCGGAGCUUAGUGCACCGGGUUGCUCUUUUAAAGCAUUCUGAAAUAAAAUAUAAAAUUGCUCUUUUUCACUUGUGCAAAGAUUGCUAAAUCAGGUCUUUGGAAGAUGGUGCCUUUUUAAUGUUGAGUUUUAUGGUGUGCUGUCAAAGUUCCCGAAUUAUUGACACUUACACAUCUUUGGUUUUGAAGACAACUCCAUUGACGAGCAUAGCAAAAUAAGAACUUCCAACUGUAAUUCAACCACUUAAAUAUUACUAAUAGUUCCAAGUAAGACAACAUUAUAAAUUCUUGUCUGUUAAAAUAACCUAUUGAUAUAAAAGUAGGCUUUACAUCCAAACAACUACACAAAGAGAUUAGUAAUGCUCAAAAACAAUGCAAUAGCAAUCUGUGGAAGCAUUUAUGAGACAGUAAUCCAAGGCGUAAAGUAUCCUUGGAACAACCCAAACAAAUAGCCAAAUUCUUGUUUUCAUUCUAUUUGCUGAACAUACUAGGUUUUCAAUUUUAUGAAAGGACACAACUCUGCAGUAUUUGAUGAGCUUUUAGCACUUUGUGCUUGUUUUUGUUAUUUCCCUUUUGUAACUUUUUCUUCUACUCAUUUAUUUUGCAUAGCAUAUGGGAUAUAUGAAAGACUAAUCAGUAGACAGCAGAAAUCUAUCUGUCUACAAGAUCUCUAGCCUGAAUAAUUCAAUUAUUUAUUCUUUAUAAAGGUCAACUCCUCUAACUAUAAUAAGAUCCUUUAUCAUCUUCAAACCAUGUGUACAACUGCUCAUAGUUCAAAAGAAGGGAAAAAAAGAGAUAUGGAGAAAAGCAAGUAUCUGAUAAGUUUUCUGCUGCUACUUAUCUUGCCAUAUCUAAAUGCAACAACAUCAGGGACUAAAUGGCCUAAAGCUAGCAAGCAUUUCGUGCUAGUUCACGGGGUAUGCCACGGAGCCUGGUCUUGGUACAAGCUUGUGGCAUUGAUGAGAUCUUCGGGGCAUAAUGUCACAGCUCUUGACUUAGGUGCAUCAGGGAUCAACCCGAAACAGGUCCUUGAAAUCCCACGAUUAUCUGAUUACUUUAGUCCGCUAAUGGUGUUCAUGGCUUCUCUUCCCGCACAUGAGAAAGUGGUCCUUGUAGGUCAUAGCUUUGGUGGAUUCGCCGUCUCUAAAGCCAUGGAAAGCUUUCCAGAAAAGAUUUCAGUUGCUGUAUUCGUCACAGCUGGAAUGCCUGGCCCAACUCUCAAUGCAACCACUGUCUUCAUAGAGGCUUCUAGUGAAAUAAUAUCUCAACUUGAUAAUCGUCUUAUGUAUGACAAUGGACCCAACAAUCCUCCAACAACCUUCAUCUUCGGUCCAAAGUACUUGGCGAGUAAUCUUUAUCAGUUGAGCCCGAUUCAGGAUUGGGCGCUGGCUACUACAUUAGUAAGGCCAAUAUACUUAAACAGCCUAGAAGACAUAUCAAAGGAGAUUGUUCUUUCAAGCAAAAGGUAUGGAUCAGUUAGGCGAGUGUUCGUCGUGGCUGCUGAAGAUAAAGCUCUAACAAAGGAAUUCCAGCAGAGUAUGAUUGAAAGAAAUCCACCUGAUGAAGUGAAAGAGAUCUCAGGCUCUGAUCACAUGGUCAUGAUGUCUAAGCCCCUUAAACUAUUUACUACUCUUCUGCAGAUUGCCAACAAGUAACAAGAUAUAUAUCUUUAUUAGCUUAACCCAACUUGUGAUUACAUGAUAUCAAGGAUAAAAGCAUUAUUGCAAUAUACUUCAAUAUACAAGCAAGUUGCUCAUCUUCUUAUCUAUUUUGAGGUUAUCACUUCGCAUCUACAACAACAACAACGAUCCAGUGAAAUUCCACUAGUAGGGUCUGGGGAGGGUAGUGAGUACGCAGACCUUACCUAAGGGAUAGAGAGGUUAUUUCCGAAAGACCAUCAGUCCAAAAAAUGCAAUAUCAAUAAAAACCAUGGAAAAAGAAAAAAAAUAACAGCAUAAUAAGAACCAGAAAAUAGAUGGAAAGCACAACAAUAACUAGUAGAUAAAGCCCGGCACUAAGAUGAAGGAAAAAAUAGUGAGAACUCAAC